GGCGCGCCAAAAAGUUACCGGCACUUCUUUUCCAAGAUGCCUCUGCUUUUCCACGAUUUUACUAAUAUGCUCUAUGUAAUAGUCGUUGAAUCACGUUUCCAUUCAUACAGAAAGGGAAUUUAAUUUAAAAGAAGGAAAAACUUUAAUUAUUUAGACAAGACUAUUUUGUACAGUGAAUCCUACUUGUACUUUCGGAAGCUGACUACGGGUUGUAAUGCGUCUGUGACGUUUGUGGCGCCAGAAAUCAAGGGCUCGAAAAAAGGGAAAUACUGGGCACAAUGGUGAUGUUACGCAGCGGCUCGGGCGCAGACACAGGAACGCCGAAGAAACCAUCGGAACUGGACACGACCUCCGAGUUUCUAUCUCUAGAGCCGUCACCAAGAAAGUCCGCUGGCAGGAGUCGGAGUGAAUGCUCUACCUGCGCGGACACUCCGACAAAUGGUUAUUUAACAGUGAAAGAAGAAGAAACCAUAACUGGACGUUCAUUGAGGACCAGGUCACAGAAGAACAAAAAUGGUGUAUCUUUUGCUGAUAUUAAUGGACAAAUGGCAGAAUCCCCACAAGAAGAUGACAAUGGAGGAAAAAGGUUCACAAGGAAAUCUCCAAGGCUUCAAGCUGAUGGAAAAGCAAGUGAGGAGGAGCCAGCAGACCAGGUUGACGGCACGCCCACUUCCAGAAGCUCUCGGUGUAAGGCUGGAGGGGCCGAGGCCAAUGGCGCUGUACGACGCAGCUCCAGAUACAAGCAGUCCGUGCUCUACGACAGACUCAUCACCAACACCGCGGAAGCCGUUCUCCAGAAGAUGGAUGACAUGCAGAAGAUGCGGCGUCGGCUGAGAAGCAGGGACACUGAGAAAGUGACUCUUGGAAUGUAUUCUGGAGCAAAGAGGAAAAGAAAAGCGGACGCACCUGAUGAAGAGGCGGCUGACACCCGAGUGGAAGGGCACGCGGGGUACACUGAGGAUGAGGGAGAUGAAGAAGAGGAGGAAGAGGAGGAGGAAGAAGAAGAAGAGGAGGAAGAUGAUGAGGAUGCUGAAGAAGACAAUCGGAAACGCUACGAAGUCAGACAGAGAAAAGCGGUCGUUCGCUACCAGGCGCCUUUGGAGGAACCAAGGAAACAAUCCAUGUUUUUCAAUAGACAUUCCUCCUCCAGUAGGAGGAGGUACACCUUCAGCCCCACGGCCCCCAGGAGCCCCUACAACAGCAGGAGGAACAGCCGGAAUGGGUCUGUAGAUGGGCGACGGCAUGCCCUUCACAGCAGUGACACGACGUCCUCUUCUUCCUCUUCCGACGACGAGGAACGCUUUGAGAGGCGGAGGAGUAAGAAUCGAAACAGGCCAAUAAACAGGUGUCUCCCUCUGAACCUGCGGAAAGAAGACCUGCUGGGGAUCCACAAGGACAGGAUGAAGAUCGGUGCCAGUCUCGCUGACAUCGACCCCAUGCAGAUCGACCAGUCGGUGCGUUUUGACAGCAUUGGGGGUCUCACCAGCCACAUCGCUGCUCUGAAGGAGAUGGUGGUCUUCCCUCUGCUCUACCCGGAGGUCUUCGAGAGGUUUAAAAUUCAGCCUCCCAGGGGCUGCUUGUUCUACGGGCCCCCAGGCACCGGGAAGACCCUGGUGGCCAGAGCCCUGGCCAACGAGUGCAGCCAGGGGGACAAGAAGGUGGCCUUCUUCAUGAGGAAGGGGGCUGACUGCCUCAGCAAGUGGGUGGGCGAGUCAGAGAGGCAGCUCAGACUGCUCUUCGAUCAGGCCUUCCAGAUGAGGCCGUCCAUUAUUUUCUUUGAUGAAAUUGACGGGCUUGCUCCAGUUCGCUCGAGCCGGCAAGACCAGAUACACAGCUCCAUCGUGUCCACCCUCCUGGCCCUGAUGGACGGUCUGGACGCCCGGGGGGAGGUGGUGGUGAUCGGGGCUACGAAUCGGCUGGACUCCAUCGACCCCGCGCUGAGGAGACCCGGCCGCUUCGACAGGGAGUUCCUCUUCGGCCUCCCGGACAGAGACGCUCGAAGAGAUAUCCUAAAAAUACACACGAGGCAGUGGAGUCCACCACUGUCCGAUUCUUUCCUGGAGGAGCUGGCUGAGCAUUGUGUCGGUUACUGCGGCGCGGACAUCAAGGCGGUUUGCGCGGAGGCAGCCCUGUGCGCCCUGCGGCGGCGGUACCCCCAGAUCUACGCCAGCGCGCAGAAGCUGCAGCUGGACGUGUCCUCCAUCAGCAUGCAGGGCCGCGACUUCCUGGCGGCCAUGAGGAAGACCGUUCCCGCCGCCCAGCGCGCCGUCUCGUCCCCCGCCAAGGCCCUGACGCCCGUCAUCCUGCCCCUGCUGGGCCAGGCCCUGGCCAGCGUCCUGGGGGCCCUGCGCAAGCUCUUCCCCCACGCCGAGCAGGGCCUCAGGGGCCACAAGGGCCCCGGUGAGACGGAUCUGACUGCGGGUAUUCUGGAGGAUGACCUCAUGUACAGUGAGGACGAGGGCCCUUCCGUGUUCGCCAACGGCCCGCUUCACAAGCAGACCGCGCCCAAAGGGAGCUACCUGCGCUCCGACAGGAGCGCGCUGCACCAGCCCACCUCCCACCGGCCGCGUCUGCUGCUGACGGGGCGUGGCGGCUCGGGCCAGAGCUCCCACCUGGCCCCAGCGCUGCUGCAUGCUCUGGAGAAGUUCACCGUGUACACGCUGGACAUGGCUGUGCUGUACGGAGUCAGCUCCACCUCCCCCGAGGAGGCCUGCGCCCAGCUGUUCCGCGAGGCGAGGAGGACGGCCCCCAGCAUCCUGUACGUGCCGCACAUCCAGCUGUGGUGGGACACGGUGGGCAGCGCGCUGAGAGCCACCUUCCUCAGCCUGCUGCAGGACAUCCCCCCCUUCUCCCCCAUCCUGCUGCUGGCCACCUGCAGCUCUCCACACUGCGACCUCUUCCAGGAGGUCCAGGAUCUGUUUCGUGUUGAGUAUGGAGAGGUUUACGAGGUUCAGCUCCCUACCCAGCAAGAGAGAACCAGCUUCUUUGAAGAUCUCAUUCUGAACCAGGCUGCCAAGCCACCAGCUUCAAAGAAGAAAGCAGUGCUGCAGGCGUUGGAGGUGCUUCCUGUGGCCCCCCCACCGCCCCCGCCGCAGAUGUCGGAGGCGGAGCUCCAGCGGCUGGAGGAACAGGAAGAGGACACCCUGCGGGAGCUCCGCCUCUUCCUGCGCAGCGUCACCGACCGCCUGACCCUGGACAAGCGCUUCAAGGCCUUCACCAAACCCGUGGACGUCCAGGAGGUUCCUGACUAUUUAACGGUGAUCAAGCAGCCCAUGGACCUCUCCACCCUGCUCUCAAAGAUCGACCUGCACAAGUAUGUGACGGUGAAUGAGUUCAUCCAGGAUGUCGAUCUGAUCUGGAAAAACGCGCUGGAGUACAACCCAGACGUCGACCCCUCAGAUCGUCAGAUCCGCCAUCGGGCGUGCUCCCUGAAGGACACUGUGCAUGCCAUCAUCAGAGACGAGCUGGACGAGGAGUUUGAAAAGAUCUGUGAACAGAUGAAGGAGUCUCGUGCCACCAGAGGUUGUUCAACAUCGAGGUUUGCCCCGUCGUACUAUCACGUUCUGCCAAGGACGAAUGGGCCUGUUGAUCCUGUGAAGAACUGCGCUGGUGCCAUUAAAGAAGUGACCGUGCCCACUGUGACCAGCACACCACGCGCUGCAGCAUCUCACAAGAAGAAACGCAGACGGAGCCGAUGGAGCAACGGCAUCAUCACCAAGAAGAAGUGCUCCUCCUCCGCUCACGCCUCCAAAGAGGACGGGGAGGAAGGGGAGGAAGAGGACGAGGACGGCGAGGAGGGCGAAGAGGAGGCGGAACACGCUCAGGAGUCAGGCGUGGAGGACCUGGAGGCUGGCGGAGACUCCUCUAUGGAGUGUGAGCCACAGCUGCUGAAGAGCUCCGAACCAGAGAAGGAGGAGGAGGAGAAGGAGGAGGAGGAGGGAAUGGAGCAGCCUGCUCAGCCCCCAGUGGAUGAAGGCCGUCAGCCCGACCACACCUCAGCGGAGUCUACCCACACCCAUGCAGAGGCCUUAGAUCUGGGGGAAAAACCUCCCCCUGAGUCUACAGUGCCUGAGACAGUAGAGGAAGAUAUUAUUACAGAGAAGGGUGCGGUGCGCAUGACCCGUGGGAGGAAGAGCCAGGUACAGCAGCACAUGGAUAUGGAGCAGGCCAUGAAGAUCCUCACACAGAAAACCCCACAGCUGGUCGUCGACCACGAGAAGCUGAAGGAAUUACUGAGUAGAGUGGUUUCAAAGACUGAGGGGUAUGAGGUGUAUCAGCUUGAGAAGCUUUAUGCAUUGUUAUGUCAGAGCAUCUACCGUCACCGCAAAGACUACGAUAAGACUGCACUCAUUGAGGGAAUGAAAAUGGAAAUUGAGAGCUUUACCUAACUUCUUCGCAUAUGAUGCAAAUUAUUUAAAGUUUUUAUUCCAGCCUACAACGCUUGUAAAUGUACACAACUUACGCAUUAAUAUUUCUAAACGACUUGUAUUACAUUUAAUUAAAGUUUUUCAAAAAUG